AUCGAGCUAGCAAGCACUACAAAUAGUGUAAGCUCUGAAAGCCAGACAGUGCUCUUCAUAUCAGUCAACUACUCAACAGAUAUCAACUCAAUCGCAGCUCAUCAAUAUCAAUAUGUCUCAAUCAAACGUCGGAUACCCUUCUUCGUAUGAAGGCGGAGAUCAGCGCCACUAUAGCCGGGAGGAAGUUCGUGAGGAGGGCCGCACGCACCCCAACGUCAACCCCGAGGGCUACCUACACAAAGAGGGAAUUAUGAAUGAGCUUCAAGAGGCCGACACCAAUAGAAUAAUUGCAGACCGUAUGAAGCACGAACCAGGCUUCGCAGCCACCAUGCACGGCAACAAGCCCUCUCGCGGUGCCGAAAUCGACGCUGAGCUCGCACGAGAAGAUGCAGAGCAGCUUGAAAAGAAGAAGAGCAAGACCGACAGCAUGCCUGGAAAGAAGAUGGAACACAACACCAGCAAGAGCGAGUGGAAGCAGCAGAUGGAUCAGGAGGAGGAGGAGGCUCGCGCUAAGCAUAGCAGCCGUUGAACGAACAAUCAUGAAGGUCAGGGUAUGGGGUGUGUUACUCGUAAGACAAAUAGCAGUCAAGAGUAGAACCCGAUGGAUCUCAAAGGAUUAAAUGAUAUAUGACAUGCUUCCAAAAAGUACACUCCAU